AAUAGUAGACAGCUUGAGGCACGGGACUUGGUGACCUAGUAGGGCUCCAUAUUUGCGGAUCGCGAUUGUAGGUCGAGUGUUACAUUAAAUUUUCCCUUUGAUAAUUGUUACGAUUGCAAGCUGUUACUGUCAAUAUGGCUCUGUUUCGAACAUUUUCUUCACGCCUCAACUCAUCUUCACAGGGUUGCAUUGCCACCAUUGUUCGAGCAUAUUCUGAUCAUACUGACCUGAAAGAUGUUCUUGCCAACAAAGUUCCAUAUGAACAGGAACGUGUAAAGAAGUUCCGCAAAGAGUAUGGAAAUGUUAAAAUAGGCGAAACUACAGUGGAUAUGGCAUAUGGAGGUAUGCGUAGCAUGAAAGCAUUGGUCACUGAAACGUCUGUUCUAGAUCCCGAAGAAGGCAUCCGGUUUAGAGGACUAUCUAUCCCAGAAUGCCAACGAAUGCUUCCCAAAGCAAAAGGAGGAGAAGAACCUUUACCUGAAGGGUUAUUCUGGCUUUUAAUCACAGGGGAUGUUCCAAAUGAGACCCAAGUCAAAAGUUUAUCAAAAGAAUGGGCUAGUCGUGCCGACCUUCCGUCGCAUGUCGUGACAAUGCUUAAUAAUUUUCCAGCCAAUCUUCAUCCAAUGUCGCAGUUUAGUGCAGCCAUCACUGCCUUGAACAGCGAGUCAAAGUUUGCUAAGGCUUAUUCUGAGGGGCUACAUAAAUCAAAAUAUUGGGAGUAUGUAUAUGAAGAUUCUAUGGACUUGAUUGCCAAACUGCCCACUGUGGCUGCAACAAUAUAUCGAAACUUAUAUCGAGAUGGAUCUUCAAUUGGAGCAAUCGAUACGAAAAAGGAUUGGUCUGCUAACUUCGCUUCCAUGUUGGGAUACACUGAUCCCCAGUUCACCGAGCUCCUACGACUUUAUCUCACAAUUCACAGCGACCACGAAGGAGGUAACGUUUCUGCCCAUACCGUCCAUUUGAUAGGCUCAGCUUUGUCAGAUCCCUAUUUAUCGUUUGCUGGUGGAAUGAAUGGGUUAGCAGGGCCACUUCAUGGUUUGGCCAAUCAAGAAGUUCUUGUGUUCCUGAAUAAAAUCGUAGGUGCUUUGGGAGAUGGAUGGACAAAAGAGGGCUUAAUACAGCUAAUUAAGCAGCAGCUCGCGUCAGGCCAAGUAGUACCUGGGUAUGGCCAUGCUGUAUUGCGCAAAACAGAUCCUCGCUAUACUUGCCAACGGGAAUUUGCUCUAAAACAUUUACCUGACGAUAAAAUGUUCAAACUCGUUGCGCAACUCUACGACAUUGUUCCAGGCAUCCUUCUCGAAACAGGGAAGGUGAAAAACCCGUGGCCGAAUGUCGACGCUCAUUCGGGGGUGUUACUUCAGCACUAUGGCAUGACUGAAAUGAGUUAUUAUACUGUAUUAUUUGGCGUGUCACGAGCUCUUGGUGUGUUGGCGUCCUUAGUAUGGGAUCGUGCUUUGGGUCUACCACUUGAGCGACCCAAAUCUAUGUCAACCGAUGGGCUGAUGAAACUAGUUAAAUCCCUCCAAGCCCAAGCUAACGCGACUAAAGGAGCGUAAUAAUUCUGGCCAAAUGUUAGUAAUAUACGACCCUUCUACAUGUUAAAGAAUCAAACAUUUACUUUGUUUCGCGUUGAAUUUUAAGUUGAAUUCAGUGUUUGGCUAUUUUAUUCCUGAUCGCGCAGUACCGUGCUUUAGUUUUUUUUGUUAUUUUAUUUUUUUUAAUUUUUUUUUAAUGUAGACUUCAAGUAUUUCAAGAAUUAGAACUCCACCAAUGGUUAACUUAAUUGGAACAAGGAACUGGUACAAACACGUUUUGAGGGUGCCACAGUAGUAAUGAGUUGCUCGUCUGUAAAUCCCCAAGAAAUAGUUAUGAAACCUCACAUUAAUAAUAAACGUUUUAACUGGC